GUCCGAAUACGGGUGGGUUAUUAUAAAGUCAGACAAGACUAAAUUCUUAUUUUUGAGAACGUGUUUUUUUCGGAUGAGCAGAGGAAAUAAGGUGUUGCUGCUGAAGGUGCUCUAGGCAAAUUUGGAGCAUUAAUGGAGGACUUCAAGUGGGAACCUAAGGGUCACAGACUGUGACUCAGAGUGGACCUGGGUCCUAUUCCAAGAAUACUGGGCAUGAUGCCCACCUCGACCUCGGAUGGGACACCAGUCCAUCACAGGAUCGAAGAGCUCUUGAAUAGCAAGGUGGGAAAGUAUCUGAGUGACCACCACCACCCCUUCAUCACACUGGUGCUGCUUGUAUUUGGUCUAACAGCCUCAGUACCUGUUGGGCUUUUCCUGGCAUAUGCUGCUGUUACGUUCAUCACUGUUACUGCAUAUUGCAUAUUUAUUGAAAUUUUCCUGCUGUCUUUCGGAGGAGUCAUCUUGCUCUGUGUUUUCUGCUGUCUUGCCGUGGUGGCCUUCUGGAUCUCCUGUGUGCUAAGCAUCAUGUACAUUAUUGGCUCACAUGUCUUCAAUUACUCUUGCAUUCCCAGAGUACCUGAAAGGACAGUCUCUGCAGGAGACAUGGAGAAAGAAAAAGACUGAGAAAAUGACUGAGUGGUAAUACGGUCUACACAUUUAUAUUGCACAACCCCAUCCACAGCUUUUGGCCAGUGAGAGUGCAAUGGCAGAAAUGUCCACUAUAUAUUGUUACUUUUUUUAAAUAAUAUGAACAGUGGUUUUGUAAGUGUAUUUUAUAUUUUUAACCCCUGAAACAGCAUGCACCAUUGUGCUAUAUUCUAUACAUAUAUUGCUGUUAUUCCAGAUCAGCAGAACACUGUACUAGUGUCAGUUUCAGAGCCCCUAGGACAACAAUUGGCAUCCUGUGGAAGUAUUAAAACUUUUGGCAUCAUUUGGGCAAACAGUGGAUUUUAAGAGCUUAUAUUUUUAUAGGUCAGCAUUUAUUUGUGGGUUUCUGGUGCCUAAAAGGUGUUUUUUGUUCCUGCAAUGUUCACUGUAUGCUUGUAUUGUAAAAGAAGUCAUCGUAGCAUUUUAACAAGUGCAUUGUACGUUUAUCUGUUGCAUGCUGCACCUAACACUACACUAAAAAACUACUUUUCAUUAAAACAGUAUAAAACAUAAAUGUAUUCGUGUGUUUUGAUUCAAUUACUCAAAGCCUUAAUGCAUUACAAUUUAGAAAAGUGUAGAAAUAAAAAGGGGUUAAAAAAAAAAAAAAGUAAAUAAAAAUCUAAACCAAUGGCCUGUAAAAUAUUUUAUUGGAGGUGAUAACAUAAAAACUCGAAAAACGAAAACCCUAGCAGAAUGACUCAUGAAGGGGGACAUCAAGCAUACUGAAUAUAUAAAUGAAUGUCCAAACUGAACACAAGUGUUCUAUGAAAUCUGUACACACACACGCUCCAGAUCUCGUUUGAUAAGCACACCAUAUUAAAUUCCAUGGGCUUUGUUGAUAAAUUACUGCAUCUAAAGAACAAAUACUUAAUCACAGGAUACUACUAUUAAUAUUAUCUUGUCCUGUGUUAUGGAGGUUGUACAUUACAUCAUGAGUACUACUGAAUGACUACAACCUUAACAGAGAUACAAAAUGCACAGUAAUUUGGAGCCAAUACAUAAGAAAUAAAAACUUAUCAGUGCUGAAUGAUUUGGUAGUACAAAACAUUCUCCUUCUACGGAAAAGUCGACAAGGAAACGUUUCUGCUUACAUACUGGCUAUAAUUCUUCUCAAAUGAAUAAGGCAUUUGUGUAAGUUGACGAAAUUUGAAAGGCCAUUGAAGUCUAAAGCAAUUUCAUGUUAUAGGGAAAAAAUGAGAUGGUUUAAAAUAUGUGUAUAGUACUUCAUGUGUCACUUAUGUCAAAGUACAAACUGUACCUGAUUCAACACUCCUAGAAACCACAAAUAAAUUUUCAAAAAGUACAUGUAGUAGGAGUUAAGGUGUGUUUAAUCUGGCCAAAUUUAACAUUUAAACUUAUGAAACACCUCACAUAGAAAAAGUAUUUGUUUACUUUUUUUUUUUGUUCUUUUUGAGUUUUUCUUAACAGCACUAAAAAGGUAUCGCAAGAUGCUGAAAACAAAAAAUUUCCAUUGCCAAAUCCAAGAGAAGUCCUCAUUGCAGUCAUUGUGCAGUCAUUUUUUUUU